CCUGCAUUUGUUAUUGUUAUUAAUUAACCUAAAAUGUAAAAGUGACUCAUGUCUUGUAAAAUAAUGUUAAUUUAAAUAACUUCUUAAGAUCCUAAUUCUCGUGCCUUUGGAAUAAUGUAUAAAAUAUUUAUAUGUUUGUUUGUAUUUACCAGUUAUAUCUCUUCAGCAUUUUGCUCUCUAUGGUGUUAUGAAUGCAUAAGUACACAGCCGGGAUGUGGAGAAAAAUUAAAUUGGCUGUGGCAUUGGACACGGGUGUGCCCUGAGCAAGACGAUGUGUGUGUAAAAAUUUUGGAAACUAAAGACGCCGACGUCGUAAUAACAAGAACAUGUCUAAGCUCAUUGAAGGGUUUACGUAAAGAUAUCCCUGCUGACCAUUACGAAGGAUGUCGUCCAGCUGCCAAGCAGAGUAUUCUAGGAAAUUAUGUUAAUAAUUCCAUUAAAGAACUUGAUAUUUAUCGAAACCACUACGACUCUACUACAUUCUGUUUUUGUUUCUUGGAUAAUUGGUGUAAUGGAUCUGGUUCGAUGAUUGCGUCCAUUAUUUUAAUAGUUUUUAGUGUACUUAGUGUCUAUUUUUUACAUUGAAACUUGAUAUUUUUAUACUUAAAUCUAACAAAAUCACUGUAGCUUUACAGCUACUCUGACAAAUUUUUAAUUGUACAUACAGAAUGCUUCCAAGUUUUGAAGCUGCCUCUUAAAUUGGCUAUAUCCAAUAUAGGCAUUAAGUAUUUUAAUAUUGUGAUACUGAUACAUCCGUCCAUUGUUGUAGUAUCCAGUUUUUAUAUUGGUGUUUAUUCAGUAUUGAUCGAUCGUGACAUGUACCUUAUUAGUAAUUAUACACAGUUAUACUCUAUUAUGACGUCCAUUCAAUUGUAGCUUUUAAAGUACAAUAUUAAUAUAAAAGUAUUUUAUA